UGAAAUUCUAAAGUUUGCAAAAAUGUCAAUAACUAAUGAUGUCUUGUCGUCAAACAGUGGAGAUCUACCAUUGCCGAAGAUAAACUCCUCGCUUAGAAUCUUCGAGAAGCCACAAAUAAGGCUUGAUUGUGACUCGGAAAAUGGCAUUAAAGUUGCACCCUUGACUAUUUUCUAUGAUGGGAAGAUUGCGGUUUAUGAUGUCUCCACUGAGAAGGCGGCAAAUAUUCUAAAGUUUAUAGAAAGGGAUGCAUUUUCAUCUAAAAAUCAAUUUUCCGUGGGAUCAUUAAGUGGAGAUCUAGACAUGGCAAGGAGAAACUUUAUGCUUGGAGUUUUGGAGAAUCAAAAAGAGAGGUUUUGCCCUUCGAGAUUCGGCAUGAAAAUUGCGCCUCUGACUAUUUUCUACAAUGAAAAAGUUACAGUUUUCGAAGUCUUCAGUGAAAAGGUGGAUGGAGUUCUAAAGUUCGCAGAAUCGUCAAAACAGCCAUUGUUUGUGAAAACCUUAAGCGAAGAUGUACCAUUGGCAACAAGAAAAUCAUCAGUUAAAUUCUUGGAAAAGCGAAAAGAGAGGAUGACUAUGGUGUCACCUUAUGGUAUUCCCCAUGUUGACCCUGGAAACAAGAAUUAGCAGAAGAUGUUAAUGGUAUACAUAUAUCAUAUAUGUAUGUCAUUUUUGUAU